AUGGUGGCAUUAGUAAUGUUCAAUUUGAUAGCAGACGCGACGGUUCCGGACUCCGCAAUUUAUAAUUACACAUGUCUUGCAAGUUCAGUAAUUUUGCUUGCUGUGCUUCUAGCGCAGUACGGAUUGCGCAAAGAAUUAGCAUUUUGCUUACUGCCACUUAUCCUUAUUCAGCUGAUACUGGGUAUUGCAUUGGCACUGACGCUUGGUGAUUCUAUUGUGUUUCAAUUUGAUUGCUUCCGCCGUGCUGUUUGCUCGUUUGGUAAUUUUUACAUUGUCAAAAUUUUCACUGUAGCCGAUGUAUCGUUGGGCUUAUCCUAG